AUGCUAUCAGGUGAAUCACAAGGUUUAGAACCCAAGGUGGUGGUGACGCAGAUGUUUGUUGUGUCAGUCCUGUUGACAUUUCGCCGGUGGAUGGAAUUCCAGAAAAUGAACAUAGCGAAGGUGGCUGUUGUGGUUGUUGUGUUUGAAAUGUGCACGAAGGAUCCGUGUCCAACGGAGAAAGGAUACAAAUUCUCCAGCGACCCCCGUAUGUGUUACAGAGUUGGGCUGGAUAAAAUGAAUCAUGAUGACGCGAUGGCUGCUUGCCAAAACGAUGGCGGAUUCCUAAUUCGAAUCGACUCGCAGAAAAAACAAGACUACGUUGCUCAGCUGUACCAAGAAAAGGUAAUGUCAACGUCCUCGCAGCCGUGGAUAGACGGUGCCGACGGUGACGUCGAGGGUGAGUGGAGGUUUACAGAUGAGACGUUGAUGACGUACCAACACUGGGAAUCCAGCCAGCCUAACCAAGAUGGAGACUGUCUGCGAAUUCAACUUUGUAAUCAGAAAGUGGAAUGGUGGGACCAUAACUGUGAUGAAAGACAUGAGUACAUUUGUGAAACGCCCACCGCAUAG